AGCACCGGCGCGCAACGUAGCGGCAAAUCACAACAAAUACAUGUCACAUUUUCAGAGCUGUGUUGAUAGAUAAUUGUUCUGUUUGUCUCCCAACUCUUGCAUUUGUAUGCCCCGGAAUGACACAGUCAAUCGUUGUCCAAGUUGGACAGUGUGGCAAUCAAGUCGGCUGCAGAUUCUGGGACCUUGCUCUGAGGGAACACGCACAUGUAAACAAGAAAGGAAUAUACGAUGAGGCUUUGAGCAGCUUCUUCCGGAAUAUUGACACCAGGAAGGAUGAUGGGGGCUCCAGUCACAUCACAGGAGGCAAGAUCGGCACACUGAAAGCCCGGGCUGUCCUGGUGGACAUGGAGGAGGGGGUGGUGAAUGAGAUUCUCCAGGGUCCACUGCGGGAGGUAUUUGACAGCACACAGUUAAUCACAGACGUCUCAGGAUCUGGCAACAACUGGGCUGUGGGGCACUGGACAUAUGGCUCAACCUACCGGGAGCAGAUCGUGGAGCAGGUCCGGCGUGCCGCAGAGCAGUGUGACUGCCUCCAGUGCUUCUUCCUCAUCCACUCCAUGGGUGGAGGGACGGGCUCCGGCCUGGGCACGUACGUGUUGAAGCUGCUGGAGGAGGAGUUUCCUGAAGUGUGCCGCAUCGUCACCUCCGUCUACCCCUCAGCCGAGGACGACGUCGUCACCUCGCCCUACAACAGCAUGCUGGCCAUGAGGGAGCUGACGGAACACGCAGACUGCGUUCUACCUGUGGAGAACCAGUCUUUAGUGGACAUUGUGAACAAGAUCCGGCACAUGGCAGACUGUGGUAAAGGCACGUCUGUGAUCAAGAGGGACAGCACAGUUAUCUCCAGCAAGGGAGGAGUCGGCGGCGUGGAGAAACCCUUUGACGCCAUGAACAACAUAGUGGCCAAUCUCUUACUCAACAUCACCAGUUCGGCACGCUUUGAGGGCUCGCUCAACAUGGACCUGAACGAGAUCACCAUGAACCUGGUGCCUUUCCCUCGCCUGCACUACCUGGUGUCCAGCCUCACCCCGCUCUACACCCUGGCCGACGUCAACAUCCCCACCAGGAGGCUUGACCAGAUGUUCAGUGACGCUUUCAGUAAGGAACACCAGCUGAUUCGGGCGGACCCCAAACACAGCCUGUACCUGGCCUGCGCUCUCAUGGUCAGGGGCAAUGUACAGGUGUCGGACCUGCGCAGGAACAUCGAGAGGUUGAGGCCAACGCUACCCUUCGUCUCGUGGAAUCAGGAGGGCUGGAAGACGGGCCUGUGCUCCGUGCCCCCAGUGGGCCACACUCAUGCCCUGCUGGCCCUGGCCAACAACACCUGUGUCAGGCCCACCUUCACCGAGCUCCGCGAGCGCUUCAGCAAGCUUUACAGGAAGAAGGCCCAUCUCCACCACUAUCUGCAGGUGGAGGGCAUGGAGCAGGCGUGCUUCAGUGAGGCGCUGUCCUCCCUCUCCUCCCUCAUCGAGGAGUACCAGCACCUGGACGCCACCAAGGCCCUCGGCCUGCCCGACGCCUCCAGGCUCACCAUAGCCACAUGACCUUGACAGGAGAGAAGGCGGAAGGUGUGUGCGUGACUGUGUGUGUGUCUGUGUGUGUCUGUGUGUGUGUGUGUGUGUGUGUGUGUGUGUGUGUGUGUGUGUGUGUGUGUGUGU